AUGUCUGACCAGACCAUCAUCUACACCAAGGACGCUCCGGCUCCUGUCGGUCCCUACUCUCAGGCCAUCAAGACCCCAUUUGCCAUCUACUGCUCCGGCGCCAUUCCCCUCAGGGCCGACGGCAGCUUUGUCGGCACCAAUAUCACCGACCAGACCACUCAAUGCUGCGCCAACCUCAAGGCCGUCCUCACCGAGGCCGGCUCUUCCAUUUCCAAGGUCGUUAAGACCAUGAUCUUCAUCUCCGACAUGGCCCACUUCGCCGAGAUGAACACCGAGUACGAGAAACACUUUUCCCACAAGCCCGCUCGCAGCUGCGUCGCCGUCAAGACCCUCCCCAAGGACGUCGACGUCGAGAUUGAGUGCAUUGCUCUUCCGUAA